UCGGACCCACAGAUCGCCGCAGUUUGGUUUAUGUUCGAGGCGUCUUCUGCUCUCAUGUAUAAUCUCAGUCUCACAAUUGAGGAAGGGAUGCCAGCUGGAACAAUUUUGGGAGAUUUGAGUGCCCUUUUACCCGAAAACACUUCAAGCAGUGGAUUCUUUAUAUCGGAGAGCAGAGAAUCGUACGUUUUUAAAGAUCUGGAGAUCAAUGGAAACACUGGUGUAAUAGCAACCGCGGUGGUACUGGACAGAGAGAGCAGAGAUAAGUAUGAAUUUGUGGCAGCCACCUUAACUGGAGAAGUGAUAAAGGUAAGGAUUGAGGUGCAGGAUGUAAAUGACCACUCUCCAGCUUUCAGAAGGGAUACUGUGGUUUUGAACAUUUCUGAGCAGAGUCCCCCUGGAACCAGGUUUCAUUUGGAAGGUGCUCAUGAUGAAGAUGAGGGUGGGUUAGGGACCCAAGGGUACCGGAUUAUAGACAAUACAGUUGGAGAUUUGUUUAAGGUUGAGUGCCGUAGUGGGGGACAAAAUUUGUUCAACUUGGAUCUCGUUUUGUCUGGCAAAUUGGACAGAGAGAUUAAGGAUUUUUAUGCCAUUAGUAUUGAAGCAUUUGAUGGGGGCGUUCCAUGUAAGACCGGUAGUCUGCAGGUGGAGGUCUACGUGUUAGAUGAGAAUGAUAACACCCCAGUGUUCAGCCAAAGCAAAUACCAUGCGCUUCUUAGGGAAGAUGCAGCACUAUUGACCUCGGUAUGCCAAGUGUAUGCUACCGACUCAGACCUCGGUAGGAAUGGACAAGUGGUCUAUGAGAUCAGUCGCCGGCUAAGUGACCCAAGAGAGCUGUUUGUCAUCGACAGUGCCACUGGGUUAAUUCGGGUAAAUAACCCACUGGACUAUGAGAGCCAGCCAUACCACGAGCUGAUCGUCAGAGCUCGAGAUAACGGGAUCCAGCCAGAAUACACCAGCACUCUGGUGGCGGUGACGGUCCUGAAUGUUAAUGACAACAGGCCCACCAUAAACAUAAUGUUCCUCAGUGAGUCUGGGGCUGGGGAGGUCUCGGAGGGGGUUAGUAUGGGCCAUUACGUAGCCAGGAUCUCUGUGUAUGACCCUGAUCUGGGGGAGGUCAACGGUGUCAGAGCUUCCCUGGAAGGCGGUGAUGGGAAAUUCACACUUAAACGAUCAGAUGAAUUUGUUUUCUCCCUCUGCGUCAGCGGUGAGCUGGACCGGGAGAAGAGUGACGUAUAUGAGCUUACGAUUGUGGCCUCUGAUUUUGGAGCCCCUUCCCUGUCCAGUGAGCGGACCUUCUUGCUCAGAGUGACCGACGAGAAUGAUUCCCCACCAGUGUUCGAGAAGCACCUCUACAUUGUGAACAUUUCGGAAGAUGCAUUUCCUGGAAGCACACUUCUGCACGUUCGAGCUGGAGACCUGGAUGAAGGGGUCAAUUCAGUUGUCCGUUACUCAAUGAUGAAACCAGACCAAGGCUUCCCGUUCCAUAUAGACUCUGAAGCAGGACUCGUUACUACAGAAACAUCGCUGGAUCAUGAGCAAGAAAGUGAAUUCCACUUCUCGGUAGUCGCAGUGGAUAGUGGAUCUCCACCCUUAUCUUCCACGGCCAGUGUGACAGUAUAUGUGGAGGAUAUCAACGACAACAGGCCAGUUUUUGAGAAGCAAGUGUAUAACGUAUUUAUUCCGGAACACUUGGCAAUCGGAAGCUGCGUCCUUCAGGUCACUGCGCUGGACACUGACGGCGAUGCCUUUGGCGUGGUGCGAUACUCCCUCCGUGGUGGCCUCCAUCCCUAUGACCGACGGCCUCCCUUUCGAGUUCAUCCCAACUCCGGCAGCAUGUGCAUUUGCCAGGAUCUCGACAGAGAUGCAGGGACGGUGGAUUAUAACAUACUGGUCAGGGCUGAAGACCCGGAUGGACUGAGUGCCCAGGUGUACGUUCACAUUGAGAUUGAGGACAUCAAUGACAACCGGCCCAUCUUCAGUCCAGAGGUGUACACAGCAAGCAUCAGCAGCUACUCUCUGCCUGGCACUGAUAUCCUGAGUGUGUUCGCCACCGACCGGGAUGCUGGGAUAUUCGGCCAUGUCUCUUAUGACCUCCUCCCCGGGGAUUUCUCCUAUCUCUUCAUAGUAGAUCAGUCCACAGGGGGCGUUAGUCUGAGUUCCUCGCUCAGUCACCUGAGCGGCAGCAGCGUGCGCCUGUCUGUGUCGGCCCGUGACGGCGUGGGCCUCGUCUGCGCCCACCCGGCGGAUAUUACCGUCCAUAUCCUGCACAGCUCUCCAGCUCCCGCCGUAUUUCAAAAGUCACACUACACCUUUGUGGUGUCCGAGGACACCCCCGCGGGAAGCACUGUGGGCACGGUGCGGGCCACCAGUACCCAGGACUCGCCGGAGUCCCUGUCAUACACCAUCUCCUCAGGGGACCCCCAGGGCCUGUUCUCGGUUCACCCACAUUCUGGGCUCAUCAGUACCCGGGGGGCUCUGGACCGCGAGACCCAGCCCUACUUCUUGCUCAUUUUGCAGUGCCAGGGAGGUGCCUCGCCUGUCCACACCAGCACACGGGUUAAUAUCACCGUCGCCGACGUCAAUGACAAUCUGCCGAUCUUCUUCAGGGAUAGACAGGCUGUCACAGUAACCCAGGGUACAGUGGUUGGAACGGCGCUCUUCAUUGCCCAUGCUCAUGACAGAGAUGCAGGCUCAAAUGGCAGCGUCUCGUACCACCUGCUGGAGGACGUUGGUGAUGCAGUCUUCAGUGUCGACACCUUCCUGGGUACCGUGUUUCUCAAGCGAAGCCUUCCCCUAGAUGGACCAGAGAGAUAUUUCAUCAGGAUCCAGGCCCAGGAUGAAGGCACCCCCACUCUGUCCUCCACCAUGACCCUCUCAGUCACCGUGGAGAGUCUAGCUGCCAACGACACCCUGACUUUUGAUGCAUUGGUCUAUAAGGUGGAGAUAAGUGAGAGUGCCGCGUUGAACAGCCAGGUCAUCCAGACCCGGGCACAUGGACAAUACAGGUCAACACCUACAGGAGUCUCCUACUCUCUCCCUCCAAGUACUCUGUCCCUGCCCUUCAGGAUCCACCAUGAAAAUGGUUGGAUUUUCCUCGCCCAGGGCCUGGACUUUGAGUCAGUCCCCAGGUACCACUUCACAGUGUUGGCCACCAAGUGGAAUGAUUGUGCUCCCCAGCAGGCCUCGGCCACCGUUAUCAUUACGGUGCUGGAUGAGAAUGACAACGCCCCCAUUUUUACCCACAAUGCCUAUUUUUACACUGUCCAAGAGGGUCCCUUCCCCAAGGGUCUGAUGGGAACCGUCAGAGCCACAGAUAAAGACUCCGGGAAGAAUUCCCAACUGUCCUACUUUCUGUUGUCUGAUGGGAAGCACUUCCAGAUUAACCCUAACACAGGGGAGCUCGUCAGCUGGAUCGCUCUUGACCGUGAACAGCACACCCACCACUUCCUGAAGGUCUUGGUGAUUGACCAUGGUCACCCUGGCCUGAGUGCCACCGCCCACGUUCAUGUCCUUGUCACCGAUGUGAAUGACAACCCACCGCAGUUCACCAGCCAGACUGCAGGCCGGCAGCUCAGCAUCCAGUUUUGGGCUGGAUCACCGGCUGGCUCCUUGGUGACCACUGUUCACGCUGAAGAUGUGGAUGCUGGGGAAAAUGGAACAGUCCACUACUUUCUUAUGUCAGACGACCCCGGUCACUUCAAGAUUGACGGCAGCAGCGGAGAGAUCCGAACCACGGGACGUUUCUCGGAGAGUGAAGCAGCUCAUUACGUUCUGACCGCCGUCGCAGCUGAUUCCGGGCCAGUACCUCUCAAAGAGACCAUCGUGAUCCACCUUCAGGUUCACUCCGUUGAGUGGGUGGAUGCCACCGGGGACAGAAGCAAGACCCAUAACUUCAGGCAUUUCUCUGUGAGAGAGGACAUCAGGCCCGGCACCAUCAUUGGCUACCUGGGCUCAGCAGCAGACCACGAUGUGCCGAGUCAGUAUUCGGUUGCCGAGAGCGAUGGCGGUCUACGGUUUGGGAUCGACGCCACCUCAGGUGGUUUGUACGUCAGCCAGGAGCUGGACUAUGAGUCUGCGACCCAGCACUUCCUCAGGGUGCGAGUGGAGAGCAGCGGCCGGCGCUCUGUUCACAACCACUCGCUGCUCGUGGGCAUUAACGUGGAAGAUGUGAACGACCACACCCCACGCUUCCCAGAUGAUGUCCUCACAUUUGGUGUGCUGGAGAACCUGCCCACAGCGACAUUUGUCUACACAUUCAAUGCUGGGGACAGAGAUGGCACUGCAGCCAACAGUGGCCUAAGCUACUCCAUUUCUGCCGAUCCCAACUUGCCUUUCAUCAUCCACCCAUUCACCGGCACCCUGAGCACAGCCAGGCCUAUUGACCGAGAGGCAGCCGAGAGCUUCGUCUUCACGGUGACCGCCAUCGACCAGGCCGAGGACCCUUCGGAGCGCAGGAAGGCCUCGUUGACCGUGCAGGUCUUCGUCCAGGACGUCAAUGACCAUAGCCCUGUGUUCAUGUCCUCAGACUCCACGCACGUCUUUGAGGACACUGCUGUGGGAACUUUGGUGCACCACUUUGUCGCUAGGGACGACGACCUGGGAGAAAACGGCCAGCUGACAUUCAUCAUCGAGUCUGGAAAUGAGGAUGGACUCUUCGUGUUAGAGGACAAAACUGGUCUGCUCCACCUGGCUCGCUCACUGGACUACGAGCUGGCAAAUUUUCACGCCAUAGUGAUGAAGGCUGUGGAUGCUGGCCAGCCGCCCCACGCCUCUACGCAGCAUUUUAUGGUCGCUGUGCUUGACGUCAAUGACCAGGCCCCUGAGUUUGAACACAGCGUCUACACAGCAGCUGUGGCUGAGAACCGAGAGUCUGGGGAGCAUGUGAUCAAGGUGACGGCAUUUGACAGGGACUCGGACGUGAGUGCCGCUGUCAGUUACAGCCUUCUGCCUGGCCCAGGGUUUCGAUACUUCACCAUAGACCCUAACACCGGGGAGAUCCGCACGGCAGCCCAGUUGGACCGUGAGCUCCAGGAAAGUUUCCCACUUCUAGUUCUGGCUCGAGACAGUGGGACCGGGCCACUCUCUGGCACCACCACGGUCCUCUGCACCGUGCUCGACGACAACGACAACACACCCCGCUUUUCCAGACCCACCCCCAAGGUCAGCGUGCCAGAGACCCUCCCUCCAGGAGUCAUCUACAUCGCCCAGGCUGACGACGCGGAUACUGGGCCCAAUGGCGACAUACGUUACGGCAUAGAAGGUGACACCGAUGGUUGUUUUGCCAUCAAUGUUACGAGUGGAGCUGUAAGCACAUUGCGAAGUCUGGACAGAGAGAAGAGAAGCAGUUAUACCAUCAUCAUAGAGGCUCAUGAUCAGGGAGCCAUUCCCAGGAGUUCCCUGGCCAAACUCCAGGUUCUGGUUCUGGACGAGAAUGACAACAGCCCAGUCUUCAGUCAGGAGGCCUACCAUGUGUCUAUCAGUGAGGGCGCGCCCGCAGGAUCUGAGAUCCUGCAGGUCAUCGCCACCGACAAUGACCAGGGCUCUAAUGGGGAAGUCACGUUCUCCCUUCUGGAGGACACGUUGGGCAUGUUCUCCAUUGACGAGUCCAUAGGCAUACUGAGGACUGCCCGGCUGCUGAACAGGGAGGCUCAGGGGCAGUAUACCUUCCAUGUCACUGCAACCGAUGGUUGUUCCCAAGGACCACGCAGUUCCAUCGCCACGGUAACUGUAGACAUCGAGGACGUCAACGAUAAUGCUCCAGCCUUCGCAGAGAACCUCAUUGUUUGCCUGGUCUCCAAGGACACUGUGGUCAACCAGACCAUCGUCACCAUGGUAGCUGGUGACGGUGACCUCGGGAACAAUGGGACGGUGACAUUUGGCUUAUCCGAGUCGGACAAAUUCUUUAGCAUUGACCGCAACACUGGGGAGAUCCGGCCAAAAGCGUCUCUGUCACCCGGCAUCUUUGUCUCAAGACUCCUGCAUGUGAUCGCUUCAGACCUGGGGGUUCCAUCUCUGUCCUCUUCCUCUCUGCUUCUCAUCCAUCUUGAAGAAGAACCCAAACUGCGGUUCACCGAGGAUUCCUACAUGACUUCAAUUCCCGAGAACAGCAAAACUGGUUCCUGGAUUGUUACUGUAGUCGCUGUCGGUCAAGGCACCAACCAAUGGACUAUUAAGUACAGCAUUUUCAACGGCAAUGAUGACAAGGCUUUUGCCAUAAACCAGGACACCGGUGACGUCUCUGUGAACAAGGAGACCUCCCUCGAUUUCGAGCAGAAGAAGGAAGUCCGGCUGGUGGUUCUGGCAGAUAAUGGCCAAGAGACGACGCACUCCGUGGUAGUCAUCAAUGUACUGGACGUCAACGACAGUGCACCCAUGUUCAAGCAAACAUAUUACAGAACGGCAGUGUGGGAAGGACAAGCCCACGACACUUACAUCAUGCAGGUGUUUGCAGAUGAUGCAGACAGUGGCGUCAACGGACAGAUAGAUUAUUUCAUCCUGUCUGGAAACCAUAACGGCUCCUUCCUCAUCGAAACCACAAGGGGCAUCCUGGCUACGAGUGCUGUCCUGGACAGGGAAGUCAUCCCAUCUUACAAGCUGGUUCUCCAGGCUGUCGACAGAGGAACCCCUCGUCUAACAGGAACCACCACCGUCCAGAUACAGGUGGUGGACGUCAACGAUAACACACCAGUAAUAACCCCCAUGGAGCCCAUAACCAUAGCAGAAAAUCUUCCAGCUGGUCACAUGGUCACGCAAGUGAUGGCCAGCGACAUGGACCUCAGCUCCAGCAUAACUUAUAGCUUUGCAGAAUGGGGCAGCUCAGGUGGGCAAUUUACCAUUGACCCCUACACUGGCAUCAUCACACUGACCCGAAGUUUGGAUCACGAGGACCGGUCUGAACACACGCUGAGGAUCCGCGCAUCAGACUCCGUCCACCAGACGGAAGCAGAGGUUAAGGUUCUAGUGCUGGACGCCAACGACAAUCCUCCCGUCUUCACGGAAGAAUCUUAUCAGGUCCUGUUGCCAGAGCUGACAUCAGCUGAUACCUCUGUCUUGACCCUGAGUGCCUCUGACAGAGACUCCGGACUCAACGGCAUCGUCACUUACAGACUUGUCUCGCCACCCACAGAAGGCUUCUUCAUCAGUCCAGUGAAUGGCUCUGUGUACACAAGCAGACCACUGAGAAACAUCACCAGUGGAAGCACCAUAGAGUUCCUGGUGGAGGCUUCAGAUGGAGGAGACCCUGCCCUAGAAGCGGUCACUUCUGUUUACAUUCACGUUGCAGAUGCUAAUGACCACGCCCCGCGUUUCAAUCAGGCCACGUACCAGGUGACCGUGGCCGAGGAUGCUGCGGUGGGCACCACUCUUCUGUUGCUCUCAGCUGAGGACCAGGACUGGUCCUGGCAGAACACCCGUCUCAUAUACACCAUCACCGGGGGUGAUGAAGAUCAGCGGUUCUGCAUGGAGGUCAGCGUGGUCCAGUCAGGACCCUGGAGGAGGUCUGUGGGGAAGCUGGUGCUGCGUGCAUCGUUGGACCGGGAAGUGACCGACAGCUACACCCUGACUGUGACCGCCUUUGACGGAGGACAGCCCCCGCUUGAUGGCUCCGCCCUGGUCAAGGUGACCAUGCUAGAUGUCAAUGACAAUACGCCAGCUUUUGAAAGCAUGGAGUACCACGUGCGGCUCAGUGAGCGCAGCCCGCCUGGCACCAUGCUGACACGGGUGUUGGCCCAAGACCUAGACCAAGGGCCAAAUGCCCAAAUCCAGUACGAGAUCAUUUCUGGAAACAGCAUUGGGUGCUUCAGAAUGGACCACCUCUCUGGCUCUCUGGUGCUGAACCAGAGUUUAGACUAUGAGGAAGACGCUAGGUUCGCGCUGACCAUCCAGGCUUCCGAUGGGGAUGGCUUGGGGAGAAGGAACGUGGCUUUCUCAGUGGUUCAUAUAUCUGUGCUGGAUGAAAAUGACAACUUCCCAUACUUCACAUUCCCUGUGCUGAACUGCAUCGUGACAGAGAAUCAGCCCACCUUCUCCCCUGUCUGUGCCGUCCAAGCAGUCGACCUUGAUGCUGGACCCAGUGGUCAUCUGACCUAUUCCAUCCUUUCGUCUUGCUUUUUGGAUUAUGAAAGUGGGAGCCCAGAGACAAGUCAGGCCUUUGCCAUAGAUGCUGUCACUGGGAACAUCCACACAGCACAGGUGUUGGACUAUGAAAGGGAGAGCCAGUACUGCGUUCUGGUGGAAGCCAGAGAUAUAGGAGACCAGACAGCUACUGUGAGAGUUGAGAUCGAUGUCCAAGGGGAGGAUGAGUUCAGCCCAUUCUUUACUCAACACCUCUACCUCUUCCAGCUGCCAGAGGAAGCAGAACAUGGGCAAAUCAUCGGUCAAGUGGAAGCAACGGACCGUGAUGGCGGCCUGGACGGAGUCGUUGAAUACUCGCUAGUGAGCCCCUCAAUGAUUUUCUCUGUCAACAAAACGAGCGGCACUAUCCACCUGUCAGACACGCUUUACAGAAGGGAGAGAAGGGAAAAUCUCGUCAAGCUGUUGUUGAAGGCCGGAGGUCCAAAGUUGGAUUCCAGGUCUGCUUCAUGCCUGGUAACUGUAAAUAUAUCUGGUAUCGGAGCUACGAUGGCAAGAACAACCCUUGACGCUCAGACCAUCAGCCUCAGCAUCUUUCUGACGAUGUGUCUCCUGCUACUAGUUAGCUUCCUGGCCCUGCUUCUGAGACAGCGAGAGAGACGAUGUUCAUCACCGGUCCCUAAACAGGAACAUAGCGUGGACACAUGCAGCAGAAUGGAGGGCCCAGAUAUUGCAGAGUUUUGUGAUUUCAGCAACUCCAUGGACCUCCAGGUGAAGGGAGAACUAACCAGGUCUUACGGGAUCUCAGACUCCAGUGGGCGGGGCUCUGCGGAAGGGGAGACUGCAGAGGAUAAGGAGAUCAAAAUGAUCAACGAGCAUCCCUGCCAGAAGAGUGCCGGCUCUGUGCUCAGUGACAUGGCAUCCCGUGUCCCUAACUCGGGGGUCCCUCGGGAAUCAGACCAGCUGUCCAGCCCAUCAGAGUACAGCGAUGUGGAACCAGUCACUAUGGCGGUGGGAACAGUGAGCUUCGAGAACCUCCACACAUUGAGUGAGGAGGGUGUGGGGGAGGGAAGGCUGACACGUAGGGUCAGGCUGCCCGACAGCAUGGACAGUGUGAGGGACGACACUGCCCUGUCUGAGAGCCAGAUAUCGAUGGGCGGCUCACUCGCCUCCCUGGUGUGCGGUGAGGAGGAGAUCCAGGGCAGCUACAGCUGGGAUUAUCUGCUUGACUGGGAGCCUCAGUUCCAGCCUUUAGCCUCUGUCUUCUCAGACAUCGGUUUGCUUCCUGAUGGGGCGGCACGGACACAUAGCUUGCCGAAGGAUUCACUCGGGUUCCUCCAGCCUCCACCUCUCAUCACAUCCGUGGCCCACCCCAGUAUCAGGGCCGUGGCCCCCAGAAUGCCCCUGAGAACAUCUACAAUGGCAGGGAGGCCUUCGUUCCCCAAACACUCCUACUCUCCCCUAGGCAAGAACACUGGUCUCACACCCACCAUCAUGACCCCCAGCUUCUCCCCUGCAAUAUCCCUGCUCACCAUGCGGACCCCCAGUGCCUCCCCAUUGGUUUCAGAGACAGGACUGGGGGGCCCCGGCAGGGCAUGCUCACAUCUGUGCAAAAUUGCGGACGACGAGAUAAAACUGUAGGUUACUCCCGUGUCAGGAUGCAUUGAAAUUGCAUUCAUCGCAAUACAAACGGACAGUUUAUCGCCCCGGAAACCUGCCAGGGUGGCCUCCACAGGAUAAAAUUUAGUGAGUGCUUCAAAGUAACUGAUUAUGGAAUAAACUGUAAAGAUACAAAGAUU